UAUAUAAGGAGCUAUCUCUGGCAGUUGGGUUCUAUCUGCAUUGGGAUUAGAGCCUGUCCAGUUUCUUAAAGAAGCAAGAUCUCCUGUGCAGGCGCCGGAGACCGUCCACAGGGCCCUGGGGUCUGUGUGGUCCCAGCCAUGGCCAUGUGGUUUCCUGUCUGCAGAAAUUGGAAGCUGAGGCGCGAGGACUCAAUGGGGCAUUUUUCGCAGCUCCCCAGACAGGACUACGAGGCCCUGAAGGAAAGGUGCCUGAGGGAUGGCAGUCUCUUUGAGGACAAGAGCUUCCCGGCCUCCCUGCGCUCCAUCGGCAGUGGGCCUCUGCUGCGGAAGCUGCCGAGCCGCCUGCAGUGGAAGCGGCCUCCGGAGCUGCACAGCAACCCCCUUUUCUAUUCUGCCAAGGCCAAACGCCUGGAUCUGUGCCAGGGAUUGGUAGGUGACUGCUGGUUCUUGGCGGCUUUGCAAGCUCUGAGUUUGCACCAGGACAUCCUGAGUCGCGUUGUUCCCCUGAAUCAGAGUUUCACGGAGCAGUAUGCUGGCAUCUUCCAAUUCUGGUUCUGGCACUUCGGAAAGUGGGUUCCGGUCGUGGUGGAUGACCGACUACCUGUGAAUGAAGCUGGCCAGCUGGUCUUUGUCUCUUCCACCUACAAGAACUUGUUCUGGGGAGCUCUUCUGGAAAAGGCCUAUGCUAAGCUCUCUGGCUCCUAUGAAGACUUGCAGCGUGGACAGGUGUCUGAAGCCCUUGUGGACUUCACCGGAGGGGUGACAAUGACCAUCAACCUGGCAGAAGCCCCUGACAACCUCUGGGAUGUCCUAACCCGAGCCGCCUGCAGCAGAACCCUGAUUGGCUGCCAGACCCACUGUGGGCAGCGGGUGCUGGAGAAUGGGCUGGUGGAUGGCCAUGCCUAUACACUCACAGGCAUCUGGAAGGUGACCACCAGACAUGGACCUGAGUAUCUCGUGAAGCUGCGGAACCCCUGGGGGAAGAUAGAGUGGAGAGGAGACUGGAGUGACAGCUCGAGUAUGUGGGAUCUACUGAGCCCCAAGGAGAAGAUUAUGCUGCUGAGAAAAGAUGAUGAUGGAGAAUUCUGGAUGUCACUGCGGGACUUUAAAGCACAUUUCAUGCUUCUGGUCAUCUGUAAACUGAGCCCAGGCCUGCUGACUCAGGAGGUGGGCCAAAAGUGGUCAUACACCCUGCUGGAGGGGAGAUGGAAGAAUGGGAGCACUGCUGGGGGCCAGAUGAAAUCGCCCCGAGACACAUUUUGGAAGAACCCGCAGUUCCUGCUGUCGGUCUGGAGGCCCCAGGAGGGCAGGAGGUCCCAGAUGCUCUGCAGCGUGCUGGUGUCCCUGCUCCAGAAGCCCAGACACCGGCACCGCAACCGGAAGCCUCACCUCGCCAUUGGCUUCUACCUCUUCAGGGUGAACCAGAGCUUUGAUGCCCAGAAGAAACUGCCCUCUGAGUUCUUCUGGAAAAAUGCUUCCCUGAGUCGCCCUGUGACGUUUCUCACAGAGAAGGAAGUGAGCCAGGAACUGUGGCUGGAGCCAGGGAUGUACGUGAUCGUGCCCUGCACAUCUGAGGCCCGGCAGGAGUCUGAGUUCGUCCUCAGAGUCUUCUCCAGGAAGCACAUCUUUUAUGAAAUUGGCAGCAAUUCCAGUGUCAUCUUCUCUAAGGAAAUUGUAGACCAAAGUGAAGGGAAGGAUGAAUUCUUCACCAAACUCUUUGAAAAGUAUCCAGAAAUAAAUGCGAUCCAACUGCAGAAUAUCCUGAACCAUAUGCCCUGGUCAGGUCUAGGAAGCAAACAGCCUUUCUUCAGCCUUGAGGCCUGUCAGGGUAUCCUGGCUCUGCUGGAUCUUAACGCAUCCGGCACUGUGAGUAUCCAGGAAUUCAGGGACCUGUGGAAGCAGCUGAUGUUCUAUCAGGAGGUUUUCCACAAGCAAGACACUAACCGGUCAGGAUCCCUGAAUUGGGCCCAACUGAGGGCUGCCAUGAGGGAGGCAGGAAUCGUGCUCAGUGAUGAUGUCUGCCAACUGAUGCUUAUCCGCUACGGCCGCCCCGACCUCCAGAUGGACUUCGUCAACUUUGUCCACUUGAUGCUGCGUGUGGAGAACAUGGAGGAUGUCUUCCAAAACUUGACCCAAGAUGGCAAAGGGAUAUACCUCCAGAAGCCAGAGUGGCUAAUGAUGGCUCUGUACUGCUGAGAAGGCUGGAAGCUCACUGAUCCUCACUGAGGACUCUGCAUAUGGACCAAGAGUGGCCUUUAGCUGAGACCAACCCACAUUCAACCCGCCUACAAUUCUUCAGGACCGUGUCUCCAGUCAUCACGUUCUCAUCUGGGAGGAUGGGCAGCAUACAAAAAGAGAAGUGAGGAAGUAAAGAUUGCCUUGGGGUUGUCAAGAGCAGCUCUUCUCCCCAGUGACCACAACCAUAAGCAGAGACAUGGCUUGAUUGACUCUGGGUUGGUGUGCUUACCUUUG